UCAGUUGGAAAUGCCUCAUUCAUGAAUAUUAUACCCACCCAAAACAACAGCAUUUAAUGAUAUAACAGCAGCCUGCCAUGGCUAAUGAGGCGCCACCGCUAUUGUUUGACGACUGUCAUGUCGCUAUUAUUCCAAGCAGAAAGUUAACAAUUGAGAAUGCGCGUGAGUUUGGAUCUAUACUCGAAGAAAAUGGAGCGACAAUAUCAGAACUCAGCGCCGAUGGCACUGUCGAAAUCGCCGAAGUUACACAUAUAAUCUCGUCAACUUCUGACUUCCCUCAAUACCACGUCGCUUGCGAACACUUGCGUCCUGUUAUCACACCAAGUUGGAUUGCAGCGUCGCUCAAGAAGAAUAAACUAGCUCCCUUCCGGCCAUAUACGCCAGAUCCCAAACUUUUCUUCUCUGGCGUUAACGUCACUUGCGCCGAUAUUCCAGAUGGCGACCAAGAUGCUAUUAUUGGUGCGGUCAUUGCCAUGGGAGGCCAAGAAUCCAGCAGUCUCACGAGGCAAGUCACUCAUAUCGUGGCGCUGACAGAAGACCACCCGAAGUGCCAGAAUGCAAGGGACAAACAAUUAAAGUGCAAGAUCGUUUUACCCCACUGGUUUGAGGACUGCAUUAAGCUCGGGCAUAGAAUCGACGAAAAGCCAUAUUUGCUCCCUGAUCCCGAGUUUCUUCGGAUAGGGUCUGAGGCACAGAUUCUGGUCCCGAUCACAAACAGCGUGACAGGAGCCACAACCCCACUCCCUGAUUAUAUUCCCAUCGGGGCAGAUUCUCCUUCAGGAUCUCGCAAAUUAGGCGUUUUCCGCGACAAGAAGGUCAUGUUUUCAGAAGAUGUGAAACUCCGUAGCCGUCAUCGAGGCAUUCUUGAGAACCUCAUUACCAAUGGGGACGGCGCGAUAACUACUAGCGUUCACAAAGCCGACAUGUAUAUUUGCAACUACCGCGAUGGCGAUGACUAUAUCACGGCUUCCCGGAAUGGAAAGGAUGUUGGAAAUAUUUCCUGGCUGUAUUAUCUCAUGACUUACAAUGAGUGGACCUCGCCUUUGCGGCGACUCCUGCACUAUCCAAUUCCUCGAAUGCCGCUUGAAGGGUUUGAAGGAACGAGAAUCACUCUUUCUAACUAUGGUGGAGACACUCGCAUUUAUCUCGAAAGCCUCGUUAAAGCUGCCGGAGGCGAGUUCACGAAAAGUAUGAAGCAGGAUAAUACCCAUCUUAUCACGGCGCGAAAUAACAGCGAAAAGUGCGAGGCUGCGCUUGAGUGGGGAAUUUCGAUGGUCAACCAUUUGUGGAUUGAGGAAAGCUAUGUCAAAUGCAAAGCACAGCCUUUAACAAAUCCAAAAUACACCCAUUUUCCACGGCGCACAAACCUUGGUGAAGUAAUUGGCCAGGUGCCUUUUGAUCGCGCGAUAUUGGAGCGAAUCUAUUAUCCUGGCGAUGUUGCCACUCCUGAGUCAUCAAAUCGGGAUAGGCCCGUUAUGAAGACGAAGGAUCGCAAUGCAGAUGUUCAGCAUGCUACUGAACCACCUAGCGCUACCUUGGCUGAUGUCUCUAUGGCGGAUGACCAAACCUUGCCCGUUCUUCCUCGAUCAAAAGCAACUCCUGUCCCAAAGCGAACGGCACAUCUCCUAUCGACACCACACAGCAACCGACUGGCUAGAACAGGCAAAGAGAACAAAACGCCAUCAUCUACAAGUAGCCGUGGGGCAAAGGACCGCGCGUUAUCCAAGCUUCAUGACCAAGCUGCCGACAUUGCACUUUAUGAAAAGGAGAAAAAGCGUGCUGGCAACGGUGUCUGGGGCGGAAAACGAGCUGCAGACCAGGUCGACAGAGAAAGGGGCACCCGGAGGGCUUCUAGUGAAGCUGGAGAGGAGAUCGAUGUAGAAUCUGAGGAAGAGGGUCGGGUAAUUAAGAAACCAAAGACUGGUUCGCGCCCAGUGAGCAUCAGGCUUCUAGUCACUAGCUACAAAAGGUGGGAAGAGACGCCAACAAAGGAGGAUUCCGAUAAGAAAAAGCUGCGUGAACUUGGAAUUCUCAUCGUCCAGGACCCUAGUACUUGCAACUAUCUCGCGGCGCCAGGCAUGGUUCGCACGCAUAAGUUUCUCUGCGCGUUGGCUACUGGCGUUGGCAUCUUGUCGACUGAGUUCAUUGAUGCGUGCCUUACGUCGUCAACGGUGCUGCCUCCGGACUCCUUCGUAUUGAAGGACAAAGCGAAGGAAAAGUACUUUAAGGUCAAACUCGCUGAUGCCGUCAAUCGUGCCAAAUCGAACUCCGGGCAUUUGCUUCGGGGCAUUGCCAUAUACUGUACGGAAGCUAUAUCAAAUGGCCCUGGUACAUACAAGACUAUCGUGGAAUUCAAUGGAGGCGAGUUCGCCAUAUUCAGAGCGAAGGCUGAAACUUUGAGGAUGAGGGAGGAAGGUGAAGAGGAGGCUGUAUAUCUGCUGACAGGGACGUCAAUUAAAGAGAAGGCACUGUGGCCAAAGUUUGCACAGAUGGCCCAGGACAAUGGGCAUGAGCCGAGGAUUGUACAAAUUGAAUGGCUACUCGAUGCAGCGAUGAGGCAGGAGGUGAGAUGGCAUGAAGAGUAUUUGGCAAAUUAGACUAUCUGGCUUGCCGUUUUUAGCAUUAGCUUGGAGUUCGGUUUUAUGGGACAGAGCGUGGUUGUCCGGAUUGUUGGGCAUAGUUGACGUUGGAAUGUAUUAAUCCAGGAUAUUUGUCCCACAACAUGCCUUCUCAUCCCAUUUUGCAACGUGCUCU